AUGUCUGCUUCACCAAUUGCAAGACAAGCGACUCAUAGCCAGGCUAUUCCCUCGAGGAGAGUCCUCAUCACAGACCCGGCGCAAAUGCCUGAUGUGUACUCGAGCACACCCGGUGGCACCAUAUACUCUACCACCCCUGGAGGUACCCGUAUAGUUUACGAGAGAUCGUUUAUGAUGUCAUUAAGGCAGUCGCCGAUAUCGCAAACCCCACCAAAGUGUACUCUGCCGGCGGCUUUACUAAAGAACCCGUCCAGUGCGCAGCAAGCGUCGCCGCCCGCUCGCAAGCCACGCUCUAACUCCAUCUCCUUUGAUGAAUCCCAGGAGACAUUCAGUAUGGAUCUC